AGACAAAACCCCAGCCUUCCUCGAUCAUAAUCUAAUUCAUUUCCUUACCGACGAAGCAAUUUUUAAUUUUCAUUUCUUCAUAUAAUAUACAUAUAUAUAUACACUCCUAUAUGACGAUUUCAUUGCAUAAUUGAAUCUCAAUCUCUCUUUCUCUCCGAAGAAAUAUGGAACAAGAAACUAAAAUGGAGGAGGCAUUGCUCUCAGAGAAGAGCGAUGUUGUAGAAGAGACACAAAGCUUCGAGAGAUGGAGUUCGUAUCAGUACGUGGAAAGGGCUGGUUCCAUAAUUCCAACAGCUUCCUUGGCUGGAACUGAAGUCAGCGUCGACGAAAUUCGAUCUGCUACUGCUUCUUCUGAUCGAUAUUACCCUCCUUCUCUUCACGCCCCUUUGAUCAGCUCACCCGAACCAGAUCCUAAUGAGCAAGCUCUCAUUUAUCAAGGUGGAUAUGGAGGAGAUUAUGGUGGAAUUUCUAAUGAAUUUCAGAGGCAAAUAUUGGAUGAGGUAGAAAUACGAGAAUUGCUUAUUGAUCAUGUUGGUCAUCGUUGCUGUUGGGGAAGUCAUCCAGCUCGGACAUGGAAAAUUCAUGCAGUGGAAGACUGCAAUGUUUAUGUCGGAACUUUAGAGACUUUCAUUGAGGAGAGAGAAACAGUAAAAGAAACAGAACCAUACCGUAAUGGCAAUGUGGAUGGAAAGGAUAAGGGGCCUGAACUUGGAAUCUGGGAGUUGGAUUUAAGGACUGAAUUCCCGGUUUUAUUUAUACCUCAUAAAGAAACACGGGCCAAAAUUCCACAUUGUGAAGCUAUUGAAAAAUGCUCAGGUUGUGCUGGUCGAGGAGAUAAUGUAUGUCCCACUUGCAAUGCAGAUCAACAACUGGGAUUUUACAAGGAAAAUCUGAUGACACAGUGCCCUGCCUGUUAUGGGAGGGGUCUGGUUGCUCAUAGAGAUGGAUCUGAUACAAUAUGUGUGAAGUGUGAUGGCAAGGGAAAGAUUCCUUGUGCAACCUGUGGAUCUCGUGGGCUGAUUAAAUGUAAGACAUGUGAAGGCAGUGGUUCUCUCUUGACACGCAAUAUCGGCAUUGUUAGAUGGAAGACACUUUCCACUCGAAAAGUAAGUGCGACAAGCGGAGCAGCCUCAGUUCCAGAUGAGGUCUUCCACAGAGCCAAAGGGGUCCAAUUGUGCAACACUCAAGCCCAUCAGUGUAGUCCUGCCUUUUUUGCGGAUUCGUUCUUCCUCAACAAGUUCUCCUCUGAAGUAAUUGCCGACAGGGCCCCAGUGCCUCCUACUGCCAGGGUCAUAUGCGAGAGACACGCUAUCUCUGUUGUGCCUGUGACUCGCGUUACCAUGGCUCAUCGCGGUCGACCCUUCAGUUUCUAUAUCAUUGGUUUUAGCAGAGAGGUGUACUUGAAGGACUACUAUCCUGCUAGGUUUUGCUGGGGUCUGUGUCCAUGCUUGGAAUGGUUGAAGAUAUAAUUAAGCAGAUUUUCCAUCUCAAAAAGUAUAGGAAUAUAGAAACCGAUCACAUAAUCGGACAUAACUCUCUCACUGGGUCUCUCAUUUAUGUGAGAUAGUUGUUUCCGGUUAUCUAAUUGGUUUCUGUGCAAGUAAAUUCCUCAAGUACGGUGUUUUCUUGGCGGGAAUUUCUCUGUCUCUGUUUCUCUCUGUCUCUGUGUGUGUGUAUGAGCUUUGUUGCUACUGCUUUUUACUGUUUGGUUUGAGCUAGUUGAAGUUCUCUUGUUUUCUGGGUUUGUAGUUUUUUCUUUACACUGAAAUAAAAUAAAAUUGUGUGAUUGUGAGUAAUGAGACAAGAAACAUGUAUUAUUUUCUGAGUA